UCAGAUGAGAUGCGGACUCGACAUCCACCGCUCCAGUGCCGCGACGGUGAUCGAAUAGGGAGGAACCAAGCGCGAAUGCGAAUGCGAAUGCGACUCCAUCCAUGAGGAUCCCGUGUGAGGAGAAGCUGGCUGGUUCGGGAAGGUCCGGGCGAUGCUUGGACCGGCCCGCUAGGACGUGAUGAGGGCCGGGUUGGCCCGUUUCUUCCUACCGCCGCUUUUCUUCCUUGUGACAAUGCAAACGCAGCAUCGGAAGCCCGAGUACCGACUCCACCAGCUCAAGUGUCUCGUGUCCAAGCAUCACUUCACGUUACAGGUCUUCCCCGACGGCACCGUGAACGGGACGCUCUCGCGGCUCUCCAGCACCACUCCACAAUUUUAUCGACGCGAAACGUUCAAGGCCAUCGAAAACCGCCGCAAAGAUCGUCCAAAUCGAGCGAGUCCAGAUGUGGUGCGUGGAUCCAUGUAUCUUCCAGCGAUAACGGGCCAGAAACGAGGUGUUGACACUUCACCGGGCUAUUAUCGCCUUGACAGGCGCUAUUGA